ACAGAAGCACCCAGCUUUCCUGUCUCCGUAUUCGAUCGUCGACAUGGUCAGAGUUUGUUGAUUGUUUUCAUUUGAGCGGUGUGGAUAUUACUAUUAUUUUCCAACAUGUCUGAUAUGUCAUCGAGUUUUCUUCACAUCGGAGAUAUCGUGUCUCUGUAUGCGGAGGGAAGCGUCAACGGAUUUAUCAGCACUCUUGGUCUCGUUGAUGACCGUUGCGUUGUCCAACCCGAUGCUGGUGAUCUGUCAAACCCGCCCAAGAAAUUUCGAGAUUGUCUUUUUAAGAUAUGUCCUAUGAGCAGAUAUUCUGCACAGAAACAGUUUUGGAAAGCUGCUAAGCCAACUCUUACGAAUGCAACCGACACAGUAUUAUUGAAAAAGCUGCAUCAUGCAUCAGAGCUGGAGAAAAAGCAAAAUGACGCUGAGAAUAAGAAGUUAAUGGGGACAAUGAUACAAUAUGGAAGUGUAAUACAGCUCCUUCAUUUGAAGAGUAAUAAAUAUUUAACAGUGAAUAAACGUCUUCCAGCAUUAUUAGAAAAGAACGCGAUGCGAGUGACCUUAGAUGCAUCAGGAAAUGAAGGAUCCUGGUUUUAUAUACAACCAUUUUAUAAACUGAGAUCUACUGGUGAUAAUGUGGUUGUUGGUGAUAAAGUAGUAUUAAACCCGGUGAAUGCUGGACAGCCUCUACAUGCUAGUAACUAUGAACUCAUAGAUAACCCGGGAUGCAAAGAGGUGAAUGCAGUCUAUUCUAAUACAUGCUGGAAAAUUACAUUAUUUAUGGAACACAAAGAAGACAUAGAAGAGAUUUUAAAAGGGGGAGAUGUAGUAAGGCUGUUUCAUGCUGAACAAGAAAAGUUUUUAACCUGCGAUGAUUACAAGAAGAAAUCAUUUGUUUACUUAAGAGUUACUGCUAGACAGAGUGCUACUUCAGCAACCAGUUCUAAAGCAUUAUGGGAGGUAGAGGUUGUACACCAUGAUCCUUGUAGAGGUGGUGCUGGACAUUGGAAUAGUUUAUUUAGAUUUAAACACUUGGCUACUGGACAAUAUCUUGCUGCUGAAGUUGAUCAUGAUCCUCAAGUUGAUACAACCCGGGAAAAGUUGCGUGGUCCACAUGGUAGUGUUGUAUAUCAACUAGUACCAGUACCCCAUGGCCAUGAUAUUGCUUCUAUAUUUGAAUUAGAUGCUACAACGUUACAACGUGGUGACUCUCUGGUGCCAAGAAAUUCCUAUGUGAGGCUUCGUCAUCUAUGUACAAAUACAUGGGUACAUAGUACACAGAUAGCUUGUGAUAAAGGAGAAGAAAAAACUGUUAUGCUGAAGAUUGGCACAGCAGCUAUCAGAGAGGACAAAGAAGCCUUUGCUAUUGUACCAGUUGCAGCCAGUGAAGUCCGAGAUUUAGACUUUGCUAAUGAUGCUAGUAAAGUGCUUGGAUCAAUUUCAUCUAAGAUGGAGAAAUCAUCUAUCACGCAGAAUGAAAGAAGAUUUGUUACUCAGUUAUUAACAGAUCUUAUAUUCUUUGUGGCUGAAGCGCCCAAUAAUGGAGCUGACCCACUCUCAGUCGUCAUAACAAAUCCAAACAGAGAUCGACAAAAACUACUUAGAGAACAAGAUAUACUUAAAAACGUGUUCAAACUACUUAAAGCACCUUUCAAUGAAGGCGGUGAAGGACCAGUAUUAACAAUGGAUGAGUUAUCAGAUCAAAGACAUGCACCACUCAGACACAUGUUUAGAUUAUCAUAUCGGAUUAUCAGAUUAUCUCAACAAGAUUAUAGGAAAAACCAAGAAUAUGUUGCCAAACAGUUUGGUUUUAUGCAGAAACAAAUAGGAUAUGAUGUUUUAGCCGAAGAUACCAUCACUGCCUUAUUGCACAACAAUAGAAAACUAUUAGAAAAACAUAUUACGUCAGCGGAAAUUGAGACAUUUGUCAGUCUUGUGAGAAAAAGCAAAGAGUGCAGGUUUCUUGAUUAUCUGUCUGAUCUCUGCGUUUCCAACAGUCAAGCUAUACCAGUAACUCAAGAACUAAUUUGUAAAGCUGUACUCAGUGCUAAAAAUCAAGAUAUUCUUAUUGAAACAAGGUGGGUAUUAUCACCUGUUGAAGUUGAAGUUGAAGGUGAUGGGGACUCAGAGGAGAUGGAACCAAUAGUGACUAUUGAAGAAGAGGAGGAAGUGAUUCUGUUCUGGGACAACAGUUAUAAGAAUAAAGGAAUACGCGACUUAGCACUAGGUGCAGCUGAAAACAUCAAAGAAGAUUCUGAUAUACUCAUGUACUACAGAUACCAACUGGAUUUAUUCUCUCGUAUGUGUUUAGAUCGCCAAUAUUUAGCCAUUAACAGUAUUUCACCCCAGCUUGAUACUGAUUUAAUCCUACGUUGUAUGUCGGAUGAAUUAUUACUCUAUGAUCUGAGAGCAUCGUUUACAAGACUCAUGCUACACAUGCAUGUUGACAGAGAUCCCCAAGAACAAGUUACUCCAGUCAAAUAUGCCAGAUUAUGGUCAGAAAUACCUUCUAAGAUAACCAUUGAUGAUUACGACUCCAAUACUCAGACUGGUCCAAAUCAAGCCAAGGACGAAGUUAAACCUAAAUUUCAUCAAACCAUCAUGUUUGUUGAGGACUAUCUGUGUAAUGUGGUUGGGUCAAGUUGGUCUUUUGCUGAUAAGGAACAAAAUAAACUCACUUUUGAGGUUGUGAAUCUUGCCAAACACUUGAUAUAUUUUGGGUUUUAUAGCUUUAGUGAUCUAUUGAGACUCACUAAGACAUUGCUGUCAAUAUUAGAUUGUACCCAAACCACCCCGGCUGGUAUUCCUCUCAGUAAAUUGGACCAAAAAGCCAUUGCUGAAGCAGACGCAAUGGAUGUCUGUAUAACUAAUGAAUGUACCAACCAACCAUGGCAAUACUUUCUACUAUAUAACUCAGCUAAGAACCGUGGCAUAGCAAUCCCAGUUGACCUUGACAGUCAAGUCAAUACACUAUUCUCCAAGUCACAAAUAGUGAUGAAACACUCCAGACAUUGGUUAAGUCAUGGGCGACAUAGGCGAGACUCUAUCAUGGCUAUCUCCAGAGAUUAUCGCAGCAUUAUUGAAGGAUUACAGGACAUUGUAUCACUGUUGGAAGAUCAAUUAAAACCUUUAGUGCAAGCUGAGCUGUCAGUGUUGGUGGAUGUCUUGCACAGACCAGAGUUGCUGUUUCCCCCUGGUACAGAAGCUAGAAAUAAAUGUGAAAGCGGUGGAUUCAUCUCCAAAUUAAUUAAACACACUGAACGACUACUGGAAGAAAAAGAAGAGAAACUUUGUAUUAAGGUUUUACAAACAUUAAAAGAAAUGAUGACUGUUGAUAUUGAUUAUGGUGAAAAGGGUGAUGUGCUUAGGCAGAGUCUUCUGUUUCGAUAUUACGGCAAGUCACAUCCCCGGUAUCGAAGGGAUAGCAUUGGUACUGGAACGCAGCACAAACAGGUUCCAGUCAGUUCACAUGGGCCAGGAUCUGUUCUGUUAAGUAGGGCUGAAAUGACCCUGGCUGAAGUUCAGUGUCAACUUGAUCAACAAGGAGCUUCAGACUUAGUGAUUGAUUUAAUAAUGAAGAAUACAAGUCAUCGUGUAUUUCUGGAAAGUGUAGAGCUUGGCAUAGCUCUGUUAGACACUGGUAAUAGUGUCAUUCAGAAAUCAAUGUAUACCAGGCUAACCAAUGACAAGAAAUCUGAGAAGUUCUUCAAAGUGUUCUAUGACAGAUUGAAAGAUGCCCAAACUGAGAUUAAAGCCACGGUGACUGUAAACACUGGAGAGACACAGACAAAACCAACUGAAGACAAAGAGAAAGAAACACGACUUAAAAGAGCACGUCUAGCAAAUGGAGGUAUCAGUGAUGAGUUGAAAGAUCAGCUAGCAGAUGCUGCAAUGCAUACCAGUAAAGCUUAUGAUGCAGUGCGAAGAGGCAGGGAACAUGCAGAGCACCUUGGUGACCAUGGUAACCAUGGAGCUAGUUUUGAUGCCAUUACUGGUGCUGAGAACAAAGAAGAUGACAAUGGAUUGAGUCCAGAAGUUGUAGUAAUGAAACAAAUAUUAAGAUUUUUACAGUUGCUUUGUGAAAACCACAACAGAGAUUUACAGACUUACCUACUAAGACAGAACAAUAAAACCAACUUUAACUUAAUUUGUGAAACACUGCAGUUCUUAGACUGUAUCUGUGGCAGUACAACAGGUGGAUUGGGACUUUUAGGACUUUACAUCAAUGAAACCAAUGUAUCACUGAUAAAUCAAACAUUAGAAAGUUUAACUGAAUACUGCCAAGGACCGUGCCAUGAAAACCAGAAUUGCAUUGCUACUCAUGAAUCAAAUGGUAUUGAUAUUAUAAUAGCACUUAUAUUAAACGAUAUUAAUCCACUGGGUAAACAGAGGAUGGAUCUGGUAUUGGAACUUAAGAAUAAUGCUUCUAAGUUACUACUAGCUAUCAUGGAAAGUAGACAUGAUAGUGAAAAUGCAGAAAGAAUUCUCUUUAAUUUGAGCCCUAAACAGCUGGUGGACGUUAUCAAACAAGCAUUUUUACAGGAAGAGUUGGAGGAUGAGGAAGAAGAUGAGGUACCUGAUGAUGAUGAAGAUGAUGGACCUGCAUCACCAAGAGAAGUGGGACAUAAUAUUUACAUAUUAGCACAUCAGGUGUGUAGAGUUCACAGGUUAUCGCCAUAGUGACAUGCAAUGAUCUGAUCCAAAGCCUUACUUUUUUAUAUUGCUCAUGUUUUUUUUCCAUCAUUAUAGAUUGUUCGGCAAGACCGUACAAUGGAACAAAUAGUUUUUCCUGUUCCUCAAGUGUGCGAAUAUCUCACCAAGGAAACCAAAACACAUGUAUACAUGACAUCUGAAAGAGAUGACCAGGGUAGCAAGGUUUCUGAAUUCUUUGAAAAAGUUGAUGACCUUUUCAUGGAAAUGAAAUGGCAAAGAAAACUUAGAGCCACACCUUUAUUGUAUUGGUUUAGUAGUAAUAUGACAAUAUGGAUGACAAUAUCAUUCAACUUAGCAGUUCUUAUCAAUUUAUUGGUAGCUUUUUUCUAUCCUUUCAAUGAAGGAACGAGAGACAUGAGAUUAUCUGGCCUUGUGUGGACAGCAAUGCUAUUAUCAUUGGUUAUAGUUAUAACACUACCAAGACGGUCUGGUGUGCGUACAUUGGUAGCAUCAACAGUACUAAGAAUGAUAUUUUCUGUUGGUUUACAACCUACGCUCUGGUUACUAGGUGCAAUAAACGUACUAAAUAAAGGAGUAUUUCUUGUCAGUUUCCUUGGUAACCGUGGUACUUUUAACAAAGGAAUAAAAGCAAUGAUGAUGGACUUUGAAUUUCUUUACAACAUAUGUUAUUUAUUAUUCUGUAUAUUGGCGCUGUGUGUGCAUGAAUUUUUCUACAGUAUCUUGUUACUUGAUGUUGUUUACCAGGAAGAAACCCUUAUUAACGUUAUCAAAUCAGUUACUCGUAAUGGCCGGUCCAUUCUAUUAACUGCUUUGUUAGCCAUCAUCUUGGUGUAUUUAUUCUCAAUUGUGGGCUUCCUCUUCUUUAGAGAUGAUUUCUUGAUAGACAUUGAUGAGAUAGCAAUGCCAAGAAUGAUUGAUUCAGGUUCAACAGUUAAAUCAUCUGCUGCCAAUGUUGCAGCAAGUGUUGCUGGGACUACAGUUGGUGCUGCUACAUCACUUGCCUCUGUUGCUAAUCUUAAAAUGCCUAGUGCUGCCAGUAUUAAAGAAGGCGUGUGUACAGUGGAGAAAUGUAAUCAAGAUUCACAUGUAGAAACAAUAUUAAAUAGUUUUAAUGCAUCAG